UCUGAGUCCAUCCUGAACUGCCAGAGUGAGUCUUACAGUGAUGUUCAUCUCCUCAGAAUCACAGAGUUGGCGUCCCACACCUUUUCUGACCUCACCAACCUGCGUUUCCUGGACCUCAGUGCCAACCAGCUGGCUCUCAUCCACCCAGAGGCUCUCAGCAUCCCCGACAGUCCCCUCCAGGAGCUCAACCUCAGCCGGGCUCUGCACAACUUCACCGCCCUGACGGACCUCACCACCGCGCUGCGCUGGGGUGGCCUUUGGGGUCUUCUCCGCCUGGAUCUCUCUGGAAACAACCUGGCCCUUUUGCCUCCGGGAAUGUUCUCCUACGUUCCCAGUCUGCAGCAGCUGCUUCUCUCCAACAACUCUCUGCUGGCUGUGUACAGCGGGACCUUUUCCGGCAUGGCUCACUUGGAGCUACUGGAUCUGACACACAACGCCUUCAAGACUUUCAGGGCAGAUGGUCUGCAAGAGCUGGACAGGCUUGGGAACACAAAAAUCCUCCUGGGUAACAACCCGUACACCUGCACCUGUGAGAUCCACGAGUUUGUCACUUGGCUGAACAAAUCGAGAGCUCAGGUGGAUGUGGAAGCUAUUAGGUGUAGUUCACCUGAAGACUUCGACAACUCCCUGCUGAGAGGUCUCACAGUCCAGGCUGUUGGUUGUGUUGCUCCAGUCCUUCCAGAGGUGACUAACAUCACCCUGCCGACCUCCUACGUCUUCCUGGGGUUGGUGUUGGGCCUUGUGGGCAUGGUGUUUCUGUUCGUGGUCUACCUGAAUCGCAAUGGCAUGAAGAAGUGGAUCAUCGACACAAGAGACGCAUGCCGAGACGUUUUGGAGGGGUAUCACUACCGGUACGAGAUUGACUCAGACCCUCGGCUAGGUCACAUCACAGCAGGCGGGGGCAGGUCGCAAAGGCACGUGGGAACUGCCCUAUCCCGACAGCAGCUCAGUGACACCCGGAUCGUCCAGAGUCCAACACAAACUUUACCCAAACAGGUGACAAUCUCCCCCGCUGCAAACUCAUGAACGAUCCUCACCUGAACUGCUGUUUACAGCUUCCAGUGCAUGUGGCAGUAAGAACCUGCUGAACUUUAAAGUGCCUUCCUCGUUUUGAGGCACUGAAACUGCAUCUAUCAUCUGCUGUCUGUAUGAAUCUGAUGUGUCUGCAUGCGCGUGUACCUGCAUGUGCAUACAAAGUUUGUAUAUUUAUAUAUGCAUUUAACAAAAUAGCCUAAAUAAUGACUUCCAGCUGAUAUGAAUACCUUUAUAUGAGACCAAUAGAGAAGGAGAAUCGAUUAGUCUUAUUAGUCUUAAUAUUUCAUUUUUAUUACAUGUUUGAAUGAAACAAAUAUACAUUCGGUGUGAUAGGAAUAGAUCUUAAGAACCAGCUUAUAAAAACAUUUUUACGUAGUAUAUUUUAGAAUGCUAAGUAUAAUUUAGUAAAAUGCAAAAAAAGUCAAUUAAUACGAUGUACUCCUACCUACUGCCAAGAAUUGUGUAUUAUAAAGCCAUUGUGUGAUAUAAAAUGUGAAUUUACAUUAAUUAUGAAUAAAAAAAAUAGCCUUUUAUCUCUUUUAGAAGUUUUUUUUUUCAAUUAUGGGUCCACAUGGACCCACGUUUUCCUCCAGGUGAGUUUACUAUUUUAAUUCAAAGAGGGCGUGAUGAAGUGAGUGUGUUCAGAGAAAAUAGGGCAGAAUGAAAGAUGCUGUUUGGAAGCACACCUGCAGCUGUGUGUUUAUGUGUGGAGUCCAUUUGUCAUAGUCUGAUAUGGAACAUGUUGCUUCAGUUGUUGAACAAAAAACAACAACAAAAAAAAGGAGGGGGGAGGGUGUUGAGCAUUUUCAAAUUCUGACAGAACUGCUUCAUUCUCUGACGCCCCCUC